UUAUUGUUGGGGAUUCAUUGAGGGUACAAUAAGCCAGGCGGAUAACCACUUUAAACAAUCUGGUAAAUCAAUUCAAAAUUAAAUUUAUCUUUAAUAAAUUCAUAUUGGAUUUAACCAGUUGAUCUAAUUUAUUAAUGGAACACUGUCUCUAACAAUUACUGAAAUUACAUAUUUAGAAGUGAAACAUUCCAUUAGCUAUCUUUUGCCACAAUAGCAGCAUAAUGUUACACUUUGUUCCUUUACUUUUUUCCACCCCCUUAAGAAACAGGGAUGUUAUUAUGUGGUCUUAUUUCACAUCCUGACCUCAGUCACUUGGGUUUGGAGAACAUGGUUUUUACUAAGGUUAAAAUAUUUAGCUCUAUAAAUUGCUUACAACUAAGCACCUAAACAAUUCUCUGCAAAUUUUAAUUUUCAAAACCUUUUUGGGAUAAAAAGUAUUUUCUUCUUCAAAGAUUAGAAAACGGAGUAGAAUAAUUUACUGAUUUAAGUCAUCGUGAUGUGAUUGCUAAAGCAGCAGUAAACAUGAAAUCUUGAUUUCCAGCAAGACUUCUUAGAUUUUUACCUAAAUGAUGACUCUGUCAAACUUCAAGCCCACCCUCAUUCUAUUUUUUUAAAUUUCAAAUACAGUGAGAGUAUGCAAUCGUAUUUAUUUUUGCAUAAAGAGGUUGCCAGAUUUUGGCCACCCUCAUUUUUCAACUGUUUAAAAAAAUGGCUUUACCAUUUUUUUUUUUUUGCCAGAAAGUAGCUACAAGAUGAUAAAUUUGCAAGUAUUUUCAUAGUUGCUUUUUGUAUUAGGACAGGAAAGGGUGCUUUCUGACUUUGUGGUUGUCGAUGGCCCAAUCCAAACCAUAUAAUACCUUGGCUCCAACUAAGAGUUUUAGAAUAAACAAAAGGAAGAACUAUAACUAUUUAACGCAGUAGGUUCUACAUUUAUGGGGCCCAUAAGCUGAUUUCGUGCUGAAAGUUAAAACAGUCCAAGGGUUUAAAUGAACUCUUUGAUCCUGGAAUCACAGCAAAUUCGGGAAAUUUAGGAAUGUGUUGGUAACCUCUAGGCCGUUGUUAGAGACAGAAUUUCUGGCUGAAAGAUCAUUUUUCUGACUCCAUCUGGCUUGUUGUUCUUGAUUAAUCAUUCCCAUUUCUUUCAGCAUUUCACUCCUCUAACUACAGUGGUCAACAUUUUUCUUCAGGACUUUUUAAGUGACUCGGUAUCCCUUUUUAUCUAUCUAAAACACUCCAGCUCCCAUUCCUGUCGCCCUCGUUUCACUAAGAUUUUGCUAAACAUUAGACGCAGCACAUGACCUCCAAUCUUCCCGUGUCUUAAAACAAACCACUAUAAAAACGUUUGAUUUAGCGCGAUAGUAAGCUUCUUUUGGCUUGGAAUUUAAAAUUGCCUUUAGCUCUUCAACACUUAAAGAAGUCUCAGCGCAAAUUUUAAAUUUAAAAAUUUUUAAAUAAAGAAACCGCUCCCCUUUUUCAAUCUUUAGCCCCGCCCACCGCCUUUCCUCCCCCCUCCACGCGAAACUGCAGGAAACCAGAGGGGGCGGGGCGGUGACGUCACGACGCCAGCGCGUCACGGAACGGCGGCGGCUGCGGCGCUGGCGGUGGCUGCGGCAGCGGCGGCAUUUUAGUCGGCAGCGGCGGCAGCAACGGGGCUGCUGCUCCUCCCAGCAUCCCUGGCGCGGCCAUUUCAGCCCCAUCUUGGCCGAGGGGAGGGAGCUGCAGUCGCCGCUUCAGCAGUUUGAAUUUCAGUUUCUGCAGGGUUCAGGAACCCGGCGCACCGAGAAGGAGCCGAAGAAAUCACCACCGCUACCUCACACCGCGGAGCGCCUCCGCUCGCCGGCCUGUGGUCGCCGCCGCCCCUCACUCUCAGGAGCCGCGAGGGGAGGCCGAGACCGCCGCCGCCCGCGGGGGUGGCUCCCCCUGUACGGGGAGGACCAAGCCGGCUUUCCCCUCCCCCAGAGCGGGUUUCCGCCAGAGACGGUCGACAUGUCUCUGGGGCUGAGCUCCGGCUAGAGCCGGGGAAAGAGGGCCGCCCGCCCGAGCCUCAGCCCUGCCGCCUGACCGCGGACCUUCAGCCGACCCUGGCCCGCGGCUCCUGGUAGAUUUAGGAAUCUCCAACUCCGGACACACCACUCCUUCCCCGCCUUCCCGCAGUUGGAGAGCCCAGAGCCAACGCCGGCACGGGCCUGAGGAGCCGGAGCGGAGCAGCACCGCCCCUCACGCCGCUGCCGUUGCCGCCGCCGCCUCCUCCCCUUCGCCCUCCCACUCCCGCCCCCAGCCAAGGCCUGCUGACCGCGCGGAGCUGGACUGACCACGGUGGCCGGAGUCGGGAGAGGAAGCCGCCGACCCGCCCCUGAGAUCGCGCUCUCGCCGCCGCUGGGGGGAUUGAAUUGAGGAGCCGCGGCCGCGGGAGGUGAAAGGAAGGAGCCGCCGCGAUACCAGGACAGGGGUAGAGCCGAAGAGACCGACGCUGAGGCGAACCAGGAGGAGGAUGUCUCUCCGGGCGGCGGGCGCCAGGCUCAGCCCGUGACUCGCCCAGCGGCGGGCCUCAGACCCCAGCGCGGACUCGGACAUUGUCUUCGGGGUCCUGUCCUCUGCCCUCCCCAGUUUCCGGCAGGAUCCCAGAGGAGCCGGCGUGCCUCUCUGCUCUCUAGCCUUCACCAUGUCCAAGAUGCCGGCCAAGAAGAAGAGUUGCUUCCAAAUCACCAGUGUCACCACGGCCCAGGUGGCCACUAGCAUCACCGAGGACACCGAGAGCUUGGACGACCCGGACGAGUCACGCACAGAAGACGUCUCUUCAGAGAUUUUCGACGUCUCUCGGGCCACGGAUUAUGGCCCCGAAGAGGUUUGCGAGCGCAGCUCCUCCGAAGAGACGCUCAACAACGUUGGGGAUGCGGAGACUCCCGGGACCGUGUCCCCGAACCUCCUCCUGGAUGGGCAGCUGGCGGCCGCGGCGGCUGCUCCCGCCAACGGAGGAGGGGCCGUCUCAGCCCGGAGCGUGGCCGGAGCGCUCGCCAGUACCCUGACGGCGGCAGCGACUGCCACCUUGGCCUCCGCCUCCGGAGGACCGGGCGGGGGCCCACCCGCCGGAUCAGGGUCAGCAGCCCCGGUUCAGCCUCCCACCACUUGUAGUUCCCGUUUCCGCGUGAUCAAGCUGGACCACGGCAGCGGGGAGCCCUACCGACGCGGCCGAUGGACGUGUAUGGAAUACUAUGAGCGGGAUUCAGACAGCAGCGUGCUGACCCGCUCCGGGGAUUGCAUUAGACACAGCAAUACUUUCGACCAGACUGCAGAGCGGGACAGCGGCCUGGGCGCCACCGGAGGAUCGGUGGUGGUAGUGGUGGCCUCCAUGCAGGGGGCGCAUGGGCCCGAUUCGGGAACUGACAGCUCCUUCACUGCUGUGUCACAGCUACCCCCGUCGGAGAAAAUGAGCCAGCCCACUCCGGCCCAGCCGCAGAGUUUCAGCGUUGGGCAGCCGCAGCCGCCGCCGCCCGUAGGUGGGGCUGUGGCUCAGAGCUCGGCUCCGCCGCCGUCGUUCCCUGGAGCCGCGGCAGGGCAGCAGCCAAUGAUGACAGCCGCGCAGCUGAGCCAGCCCCAGGGACCGGGGCCGGGCGGGCAGGGUCUGCCGCCGACGAAUGUCACCCUGGCGCAGCCGUCCAUGCCCCUGCCUUCGCAGCCGGGCCCGGCGGUCGGCGCGUGCGCGACGCAGCAGCCCCAGCAAUUCGCGUACUCCCAGCCCCAGAUGCCGCCGGGGCAUUUGCUGCCCGUCCAGCCCUCUGGCCAGAGUGAAUAUCUGCAGCAGCACGUGGCCGGCCUGCAGCCACCGAGUCCCGCACAGCCCUCGGCUACGGGUGCCGGAGCGAGCCCAGUUACCGUCUCCAGCCUUUCCGUGGGCACCGGCCAGAAUGUCUCCUCGGCGGGCGCGCAGAUGAUGGGCGCGUCUUCCCAGCCCAGUGAAGCUGUAGCGCCGGGGCCGGGACCGGCUCAAGGAGGGCAGGCGGCAACUUGUCAGCCACCCGGAGUGCCCGCAGCUGCUGUGGGAGGUGUGGUGCAGUCGUGCGUGGGUCCUACAGGGGCUGGGCAGCCCCAGUCCGUGCCUCCGCCGCAGUUGGGUGGCAGUGGUCAGCUGUCAACCGUACCUGGUGGCCCUCACGCCAUGGUGCCCGGAGUUCCAAACGUGCCUGCAGCCGUGCCCGCUCCAAGCGUGCCUAGUGUGUCUACCACUUCUGUUACUAUGCCAAAUGUACCUGCGCCUCUGGCCCAGUCGCAGCAGCUGAGCAGCCAUACGCCAGUCAGCAGGAGCAGCAGCAUAAUCCAGCAAGUCGGGCUGCCCUUAGCGCAAGGCACACAUAGUGCACCAACAAGUCUACCACAAUCUGACAUAAGCCAGUUUCAGACUCAGACUCAGCCUUUAGUCGGUCAAGUUGACGAUACUAGAAGAAAAUCAGAACCCCUACCUCAACCAUCACUUUCUCUCAUUGCUGAAAAUAAGCCUAUUGUGAAGCCUCCUGUUGCAGAUGCUCUGGCAAACCCUCUUCAGUUAACACCUAUGAACAGUCUGGCCACCUCUGUAUUCAGCAUAGCUAUUCCUGUUGAUGGUGAUGAAGACAGGAAUCCUUCAACUGCUUUCUACCAAGCGUUCCAUUUGAACACGUUUCAGGAAUCAAAGAGCCUCUGGGAUAGUGCAUCUGGGGGAGGUGUUGUAGCCAUUGACAACAAAAUAGAACAAGCAAUGGAUCUGGUGAAAAGCCAUUUGAUGUAUGCAGUAAGAGAAGAAGUGGAAGUUUUAAAGGAACAAAUAAAAGAAUUAGUUGAAAGAAACUCUUUACUUGAACGAGAAAACGCACUGUUAAAAUCUCUUUCAAACAAUGAUCAAUUAUCCCAACUCCCAGCCCAACAGGCCAAUCCUGGUAGCACUUCUCAGCAACAAGCAGUGAUAGCACAGCCUCCGCAGCCAACGCAACCUCCACAGCAGCCGAAUGUCUCCUCAGCAUAAAGCUUUCUUAAGCCUCGUUAAGAAAAAACUGAAAGCAAUCUAUCCUUGUGUGCCACUGGUGUUCUUUCCACUUUAUACGAAAGCAAGUAGCCAUGCUUUGGUUGUGUGUUUGGCCUUUUCAGUAUUAGACAAUCAUUCUACAAGAGCUUUUCCUCUCUCUGAGAUGUCAUGCAGCACUGUUGAUGUCCAGUUCUAUGUCAUCCGAACACAAGGAGAAUAAUAGAUGGGGUUUACUAAAGCAAACAAAGUCAGAAUUUUACCUGGUGCGCAUGAGUGGGGUCUUUAAGAGUUUUGGUGGCUCUUCCACGUUUCCUGUUACCCAUGGAUUUACCCUGAGCCUUUCUAUCACUUUAUAAAUAACAGUUCAUCUAAAGAGCCACUUUUCUUUUAAUGUCAGUAACAUUUGCCUAUAUAAGUUUUCAUUUAUUUGUGUUUUAUUUAUUACAGGGCUGCUAUUUUCAUAAUGUACAUGAACAAUGUCACAGAACUUUUUUAAUUUUUUUGAAUAAUUAUCAGUAAAGGAAUUGAAAGACAGGAUUGCAUUUAAUAGAUAAAACGUUUAGGCAAUAAUUGAACAAAAGAAUCCUGGCAUAUUUCUAACACUAAUGGCAAUUUACCUUUGGUAUUUAUUUUCAGUAGUAAAGACCCAGCUUGAAUGUAAAUUUUGUAUAGUGUAAGUAUGAAGAACAUAGUGCAACUGUACAGGUAGUCACCAGUUAUUGUGAUAUAAUAAAUAAUUGGGCUAUUUUGAUGAAGAAAACUUUGUUCAUUUGUUUCUACUUUCUAAUAGAGAAAUUGCCAUGAUUCCUCUGCUUUUUGACAUUUCUUAUGACUUUUUUUUUUUUUUUGGUUUUUUUUUGGGUGGGAAUAAAAAGCUGUGAAAUUGUUCAACCUACUUUGUAACCAAAGAAGCAAAGCUGUGUAAUGGAGUUUUUUUUUUUAUAAUGCACAUUCUUUAUGUAUUUUUAUUUAGUGUUUUCUCAGUCACAAUUUUCUUUGCUGUCUAGCAUGAUCUGCAUGACCUAUAAUCUUUGAACCACUUUUGUACCUCAUGUUUUUAAUCCAGCACUCUUAUUGUAAUAUGUACUAGUCUGUGAACAAUGUCAAAUAAAGAACGAACAGGUAGUGUGGUGGAGCUGAGCUAGUGUACAACACACUAGUUGUAAAAAAAAAAAAAAAAAUGAAGUGAGCCAUCUUUUGUUCAUUUAAAAUGGUGUUUUGAAUUUCGUAUGCAGAAAACAUUUUGUUACAUUGCAGAUUUUAAUGUAUUUAAUAAAUGCAACAUGCAGAUUAAGUGCAGUGUAUGCUGAGUAUUUAAAUUAAAAUGUACAUUUCAUAAAUACAGUUUCAAGAGAAAGCAUCAUUUUGUGUAUACUAACACAUUAAGUGUAUGUCAGAAAUUGAUGUAUAAAUAUAUAUUUUAACACAUUUUCUGAAAUUAAACUGCAGUUUUGUUGAAA